CCCCCUCCUCCAGGCCCCGGGCCGCCCUCAGCAACGUGACGCCGCAGGCGGUUGGUAGGGCCGGGGCAGGAAGUGGUUCCUGGCGGCGGAGAGCACUUCCGGGGCAGCGCGGCAUGGCGGCGCCGGGCCGACCGUCGAGGAGCAGAGUGUGAGUGGCUGCGCCAUUGCGUUGGGCCUCAGGAGAACAGUGUGUGACUGUGUCUCGAGCAUCCUGCGUGGCCGUUGCCAGAAAGCAGCCUCCUGGAGAGCAGCAGAGCAGCAGGCUGUCUGCGCUAUGGCCGCUGAAGUGCAUUUCUCGGCCCCUGAGAUCCCUGAGCCCACGCUGAUGGAGAACGUGCUGCGCUGCGGCCUCUUCUUUGGAGCCGUUUUCCAGCUUCUGUGCGUGUUGGCCAUAAUGCUGCCAGUUUCCAAGUGCCCAGAGACAACCGUCGAGGAGCAGAGUGUGAGUGGCUGCGCCAUUGCGUUGGGCCUCAGGAGAACAGUGUGUGACUGUGUCUCGAGCAUCCUGCGUGGCCGUUGCCAGAAAGCAGCCUCCUGGAGAGCAGCAGAGCAGCAGGCUGUCUGCGCUAUGGCCGCUGAAGUGCAUUUCUCGGCCCCUGAGAUCCCUGAGCCCACGCUGAUGGAGAACGUGCUGCGCUGCGGCCUCUUCUUUGGAGCCGUUUUCCAGCUUCUGUGCGUGUUGGCCAUAAUGCUGCCAGUUUCCAAGUGCCCAGAGACAACCGUCGAGGAGCAGAGUGUGAGUGGCUGCGCCAUUGCGUUGGGCCUCAGGAGAACAGUGUGUGACUGUGUCUCGAGCAUCCUGCGUGGCCGUUGCCAGAAAGCAGCCUCCUGGAGAGCAGCAGAGCAGCAGGCUGUCUGCGCUAUGGCCGCUGAAGUGCAUUUCUCGGCCCCUGAGAUCCCUGAGCCCACGCUGAUGGAGAACGUGCUGCGCUGCGGCCUCUUCUUUGGAGCCGUUUUCCAGCUUCUGUGCGUGUUGGCCAUAAUGCUGCCAGUUUCCAAGUGCCCAGAGACAGACUCGGACGGCUUGGAGUCUAAGACUUGGGAGACGGCGAAGAAACCAAAGGCAAGUGCUGCACAGCUAAGCAAGAAAGCCAAGAAGGAAAGCAAAAAGAAACGGUGAGGGCUUGAGCGAUAAGCCUCAAAGGCCAAAGGAAGCAGCGGGAAUGCUUGCUGAGAGGUGCUCCAAAGGCAGCGCACUGUACGUCUGGUUUUGUGGCGUGGCCGUGCUUUCCCUUGCACGGACAUUGGAGAGGAACUGAGGAAGCUGGAGGGGCUUCUGAUGCGUGACAAACAAAUCGGACUUUGCCUGUGCGGGAUUUCAUGUCUGGCAAGAGCUGGGGACGCUGCGUUCCUUCAGGGUCCUUCAGCUCGAUAGCUGUUUCAGAAUGUUGAUGAUGAGGUGAACAUAGCGCAUGUCGCUGGUCAUGAGCGGUAUCCAGGCUAUUUUAUUUUCUGUUGACGUAUCUACAAAACGCAACCCAAAUCCCUUAGUUUCAAAUAAAAGGGAAACAAACCUUU